GUUGCUCCAGCAUUUUGUAUCUAUCUUCCGUGUAAACCAGCAUCUGCAGUUCCUACACACCCUACCCACUGAACUCCAGCACUUUGUGUCCCUUUUUUUCGGAUUGGUAAAUCGGAUUCACCGUUAAUCUUGUUGCAAACCUGCUGGGUUUAAUACAUGCGGCAGAAAAAAUACAUUUCAAAACCACGAAUCUAGGGAAAUUUUGGAAAUAACUAUUAAUAAUAAAUCCUAAUAUUUUUGGUAAUCAUUCCACUUUUUAAGGCACUUUGGAAAGAGCCGGCGAGUGCAAGGCUGAGUAACAGAGGACAAUGCUGGGAAGGGGCAAUUUGUGCAGAAAGGAACCGUAGAUGCAUCUCUACAGGACAGACUGACAGUAUGUGACUUGCUGUGAGCGCCGCCUCGUUGACAUUCCCCGCCCUCCCCGCUAGCGCCGUCAGUGACGGCAUUGCCGGGGUAACCAUAACGACGGGACGCUCCUCGGUAGCGCUGCAAAUACACUCGCCCUCGGCAAUGUGCUGUCGUUAUCCUCCUACAAAUAACACAGAUAUCGAAAAUUAUGGAAUUUUUAUAAUAAUUACUAAUAUAAUGAAGUCAUCCUUGAAGUAAUCACAACAUGAGUGAAGAGGUAGCACAAUCUAACAGUGGCCGCAAUUAUGCAUUCAUAUUUGGUGGACGUUAUGAGGAAGAAGAGAGUCCUGCAAGCAGUAGUGCUGCCAGUGGACUAUAUGCAACCAAGAUAUAUGUAUGUGACAUGGCAGCAUCUGUGACGCAACAAGCAACUUUGAAAUUAGAAAAUUCAGCAAGAAUAAUACAAAGAGCAUGGAGAAGGCAUAUCGACAUGCAGCUGUUUAAGCAUUACAGGAAUAUGAUUAAUUUCAGAAGGAAAGGAAACCCUAAGUUCAUGAUGAAAUGUAUUAACCCUAUUGAGGCAGACUUACUGGACAGUGCUGCUGGAGUUCAUGUGCGAUUCAGACUGGGGGGAGAAACAUUUCCUCCAAAAAUCUACUACAAAAUAUUCACGCACCGCCCGAUUGUGGAUUUGUGUGCAAACAGUCCUAAAGACUAUACCAAUCCUGCAGCGAAACAGAAAGUCCCCAGGCAAGUUCAUAACCAUGAUCUUGUCAAAACUCAAGAAGUUGAUCGUAGUGGAUGGUACAAACGAAAAGAGAAUAAUGAUUGGAGAAGUCUUUCAGACAAGUACCUUGGAACCACCACAGAUUACAUGCAGUUUGAGCCAACCAGAAAUACAACAGUAUUUCAUCAUUGCGUAGCCCAGAGACGCCAAGAUGUCAAGAGAAGGCAAAAACAGAGGAAAAUUGAAUGGAUGAAAAAGAUGUACCGAGAGGGCAUUCUGCAGGCUCAAACACAGGAUCCAACUGCAGCUGUUUUAGUGCAAAGAGCAACAGAGGGAGUAUUCAACAGUUUUGAACAAUAUGGCCCGAAUGCAGUCCUAGACUGGGAAGUGGAUGAGCUGAUCGAAUGGACCAAUGCACUGAAUUUUGAAAAAUACUUAAUGGACUGGAUGGAAAUUGCAAGUAGCAAUUCUUCUGCGGUUUACUAAGACGAUCCUAUCCCUCAGAGAAUGGACUCGGCAGUCUUCUAUUUGUAAAGCUCAACAAAGCACGAGGCAGUGCAUUGCUCAGUACAGCUGUUAACCAAGAAGAAAUCAAUUGAAGAAUCAUCAAAAAGCUGUUCCAAGUAUAAAUUUACUUUUGAAUAGUGAAAUCACCUAAAAUAACUUAUUUUCUUGGUUGAACAUUGAUAUAGCUGUGGUAUUAAAGAAUGACCAGGAAUUAUUUACCAUGUGCUCUUGUGUAUAAUUUGUCAUCAAUUUACUUUUGUCAAAAGGUCUGGCUUCAAAAAAUUGAGAAAUUGGCUUCCUUAAUGAUAUGUUAUGUUAUAUCAGUGCCUGUUGUAAUACUUGUUCAUUAUUACUUCAUGGUUAUUCUUCAAAAUAUUGCAAUGGAACUUAUGUGUGAAAUGAUUAAAGUAAAUAUAUAUUCUACCUUUGUUUUCAGACUGUACUAGCUUCCAGAAAUUUGCUACUGUAUUUGCAAAAUAAACACAAAAUGUAUAUGCCACCAAAACAGGCAAGUAGGUAAAAGUAGCAGUGAGUAAAGGUAAAAGUAGCAGGUUUUAAAAAACAAAAGUAGCAGGUUUUUAAAACAAAAGUAGCAGGUUUUAAAAACAAAAGUAGCAGGUUUUAAAAACAAAAGUAGCAGGUUUUAAAAGCCAUUGGGCAGAGGCUCAACUCAUCCAUGCCAACCAAGAUGGCCCUCCAAGCUAAUCCAAUUUGCCUGCACCUGGCCAAUAUCCCUCUAAAUCUUUCUUCUCUAUGUACCUGUCCACAUGUCUUUUAAUUGUUGUUAUUGUGUCUGCUUCAACUAUUUCAUCUGGAAGCUAAUUAUAUAUAUUCACCACA